UGAAGCUUUUGCACAGGAUCCCUCGCCACUUCUUGAAGACAAGGCGUCAAUCAUCCCAGAGUUCAGCGUAAAAGGACAACAACCAAUACAGCUGUCACUAAAUGAUGUGCCAAAUAGGGACUUACUGUUUUCUACUUUCCAGAAACUCUUCUCAGGAUUUCAUGCUGUAGCAUUACGCCAACUGAGUGACUUCCUUCCCAAUGGAGUCUACUACAACGUUCAAGAUCCAGACCUCUGCACCAAAAUGCAGCACUGCCAACUAACAAACCUGACUGGUGACGCCAACCUCGCUGAUCUAGACUUCAGUAUGUUUACCAGAUGACAUUCAUCUCUCCAAUACCGCAGUUUCCAGAACAUGAUUAAUCGGAACAAGACCAUGUCAGCAUGGUUCGGUCAGAAGUCCGCUCUUGAACAAGAAAGGCUGUUGAAGUUGUCUGCACAGAAGGCUGGUAAAUUGCGCAAGAAACAUAUUCAAGAAGAGAAGGAAUUCAUCAUGAAAGGGAAAGAAAGGCUCGAAAUGGCAAGGCAGGAUAUCGAAGCAAAGAGACUUAAACUCACAGUUCAAAAAGCAAACAUUACAGCCACUGUGAAGGAAAACGGAGGACCUUGUCUCAAACCAAGAGAUGAAGAUGCACUCGUGAGAAGGUUCGAUAGAGUUACUGCUAGGAAAGCUGCUCUGAAUCCUGGCGUGAAGCAUCCUUCCCUCAAGACGUCCAGACUGACCUGUGAUGUGAUUGUCAAGAACCUGAAGGCCUUCCUCCUUCAAUUGCAAAUAGAAGAUAAGAACGAUGAAUCCGGUGCCACAACCCCGACCACUGCACACGGCGGUUCAAAUCACCACAAAUUGUGUGUUUUAGUUUUCUAGGCCACAGCAGUGAUAAUCAUCAGCGGAAACGGGGUCACUGUCAUCUCCUUGGAAAUACCUUUGUUUCAAAAUGGCGGCCAUGAAUAGAAUAGUGUGAGGUCUGCCACUUCUAAUGACUAAUAAAUGUCUGUCUCUACGUGAACUUUGUGUUUUCUUGUUUACUGCUUCCCAUAUCACAUAUCUGAUCAUUAAGGUCAAAUUCUUUUUUUGCUUCUCAUUCUUAAAAGUGGUUUACACGUGGCAUGACUGUAGCAUUGGAUUAUGUGUGGUUUCCUCAUGAAAGUGGAUAAUCUAGCGUAGAAUUGUGGGGGGUUUUCUGGUUCUGAGGCCAAUUUUGUUUCUUUUAUUCAAUAAAGGAUAUCCUCAAAUUUCGGAAUAUAUCAGUAUUAGUCUGUUAGGAUUUGGAUAUUUCAUGAAUUCAAGGUUAUUUUGAACACCCAUUGUCAAGGUACCUGUGAGUAGAUUUUUCACUAUUCUUGUAAAUUUUGUGUCUUUUCCAUUCCUUUAAGCUUGAUUUCAUGUUGAUAUGUUUUCUUUUUGUUGUUUCAUUGUUUGUAGCAUGCAUUAUUUUGAUAUCAUUGCAUUGUAAUAUGUCAUUUUAACCUCUUUUUCACCAUGCACGAUCAAAUUACUCAUGUGA